AUGACGUCAUGCGUUUCGAGCUCCACUCUACAGAGCAGGCCCCCAGGCUGUCUUCAAAAUAUAGUUUAUUGUAGUGAAGGAACAUGGCAUGGAUGUCGACUGUUGGAUCCAGAAGCUCCAAGUCUGGGAAGCAGUCCAGGCUCCCCACAAGCAUGGCCGCUGUCAGGCGCCGGGAGGCACCGCAGUGCACCCUUCAACUCCAACUCGUAG